GGUGCAUGUCUUCUUCGUGAUAUGUGACCACUGUUAGUAGUUAUUAGCAGAGCUUACAGUGAAGAUCUCCAUGAUUACUGGAUCUCUAAGGUCUUAGCGAUAGAUUAUGACCAAUCAUAACGUUUUAUGGCGGUAUUUUGUUGCCUACUGUGGCUCACUGCUAACCCUAGAAGUUUCAUUUUUAAAAUUACCCGGAUUUAAUGUGUUUUUUCCAAGAACCCUGAAAAUUUUUCUCCCCCUGUAAUUAUUGUGUCACCAAUAUAAAAGAAAGACAACCAACUCAAUUGUAAAAGAUGUCUCAAGGUACUUUAUAUGCUACUGAACAAAUUAGAAGUCUUGCUCCAAAGGCUAUUGUCCAACAUUUCAAAUUAGAUGUUAAGAUCACCGACAAGGAUGAUACUUACCACAAGUAUUUCCCCUUAAACAAGAUCCCAGCCUUCAUUGGUCCAAAGGGAUUCAAAUUGCACGAAAUCAUUGCAAUUUCUCUUUACUUAAUCAAUUUAGCUGAUCCAAAGUCUAAGUUGUUGGGUAAGAACGCUGGUGAGUACGCUCAAAUCUUAAAGUGGGCUUCCUUCUCCAACACUGAAUUCUUGCCAACUAUUGCCACGGCUCACAAGUCCAUCAAUGGUAUUAUUCCAUACAACAAGAAGCUUGUUGAUGAUGCCCUUGCUUACCUUGACAAAGUUGUUGCUAUCUUUGAUGCUAGAUUAGCCAACUAUACCUAUUUAGUUGGUGAAAGAAUUACUUUUGCUGAUAUUUUUGCCGCCACUUACUUUAUUAGAGGUUUCAACUGGUUCUUUGGUACUGAAUGGAGAAAGCAACACCCAAAUAUUAUUAGAUGGUUCAAUACUGUGGUUGCCUCUGAAUACUUGGUUGAUGUUAUUCCUAAGUUUGAAUACACUGACAAGCCUGAAGUAUAUGUUCCACCUAAGAAGGAAAAGAAGAAGCAAGAACCUGCUGCUAAGAAAGAAGCUGCUCCAAAGAAGCCUGCUGCUCCAGCUGCUGAUGAAGAAGAACCGGCCGCUGCUCCUAAGCCAAAGCAUCCUUUGGAAGCUUUAGGUAGACCAAAGGCUGCUUUAGAUGAAUGGAAGAGAGUUUACUCUAAUGAAGAAACUAGAGAAACUGCCAUUCCAUGGUUCUGGAAGAACCAAUUUGACCCAGAAGAAUGGUCCUUGUGGAAAGUUGACUACAAGUACAAUGAUGAAUUGACUUUAACUUUUAUGUCCAACAACUUAGUUGGUGGUUUCUUUAACAGAUUAUCUGCUUCCACCAAGUACAUGUUUGGUUGUAUGGUUGUUUAUGGUGAAAACAACAAUAAUGGUAUCACUGGUGCAUUCUUGGUAAGAGGUCAAGAUUACAAGCCAGCUUUCGAUGUUGCUCCUGAUUGGGAAUCUUACGAAUUCACUAAGUUGGAUCCAACUAAUGAAGAAUCUAAGAACUUUAUCAACAACAUGUUUGCUUGGGAUGAACCAGUUGUUAUCAACGGUGAAAAGAGAGAAAUUGCCGACGGUAAGGUCUUCAAGUAAGCUGGGCUUAUUCACCUCUAUUGUGAUUGUUUUUUUAUAUACUUCUAAAUAGUUUUAUACUAUUGUUUUAACGUAUGUUUUGACUUUUUCAAAUUAACAGUAAAAAUAUAAAAUUCUAUGUUAACUGAUUUGGUGUGUUUAUGCUACAAUUACAUAUUGUCAUAAUGUUACAAAAAUUUAGCUUUUGCCCCUAAGGAAUAUCUCUAUACUUGUUAAGUUCUGCAGUACAAGUCCACAAUACUGUAGCUUA